AUCAUUAACCUUGCUAGAAAAUGCAGCUGGCAGUUCACUCUGGAGCUUGUCAUUAGAAUGUGAGCAGAGACACAGAUACUGCAGAGGCAUUUCAAGGAUUUUUUGAUUUGCUGCAAGUAUUAUAAAUAUUUCACCUAUUUUGUGUGACUGCAAAAUGAGAUUCCAACAGCUCCUUUAUAUCUUAUUUUUUUUCUUGAUGAGUCUACUCCUUAUCAAUGGACAGAGGCCAGCUAACCUGGCCCUGCGCAGAAAGCUGCACAGACACAACUGCUCCCACAGGCGCUGUAUGCCUCUCCACUCCAGAGUGCCCUUUCCCUGAGUGGCAUCUAGAGACCCCAACCACAAUCAGGACCACAUUGUAGCUGGAUAUACCUAUAACAGAGAAUUGAGGCCUGGAUCCACAGAGAGACUGAAGUGAUACAAUGUGAAAGAAGAAUGAAAGAGGAAACCAGUCAAGAAAAUGCGAUGUGAUAGCCGCAGCAUUCUAAUCAGUGCAGGUGUCCAUGUAAAUGCCAUCACCACAUUCAGAACCUUAUCAGACUCCUUCUGGAACAACUUCACAGGAGUUUCAGAUUUCUCUAAAUUGGGAAAAACAAUGAAAUCACAAAGGACCCCUUUCAGGAACUUGGGAAAAUCAAGAGUGCCAUAAAAAGAUAAGUCAUUCUUUUCUACAUACCAACAAAUAGCCAUGUGGGUAACAGCAAAGCACUGUAACUUUGAACAUUUUCAAAAAUUAGACCAACAUUAUACCACUGAAAGAGCUAAUAUAGUUAUUAUUUACCAUUCACAUAUGUCUGUGUAUUUCUAUUUAGAUAUAAUACCUAGUAAAGAACAUGAAAAAGAAUGGUGAAAAAUAAAUAUUUAAUAGUUACAUUUUAUGGACAAAUAUAUGGGUUUUAAUGUUUAUGGUAGUACUGGAUGUUUAUAUGUAGCCAUAAUUAUGCAAUUAACUUUACUAUAUUCUCAAGAAAAACAUUAUGUAUCUAUCAGAAAGUUGUAAGUGCUAAACUCUCUUAGGAAGCAAAAAUCUUCAAUCUAGACUUUAGAAAAGAAUGCUGAAUGUCUUAGCUCUGUUUUAAGUCAUGUUGCAUACGACAAACACAUAGGUCAUGAUCUUUGAUGGUUAUUUAUGUUUAUAAAAUACCUAUGUGGCUGUAUAUUUUGUAAAAAAAUAAUUAUGCUCUUCAAUUAAUGUCUCAUUUUAAAUAAACUUUGUACAAUUUUUGUUUUUAAUUUUAUAUUCCUUAUGUGUAAAGGGUCCUGCACCCAAAGAAAAAAUAAGAAUUUACCUCAUUUCUUUUGUAAAUUUCAUAAGGGAUCAAUGUAAAACUUUUCCUACUCAAUUUCUGACAUAGUUAAAUAAAAAUCAGUUAUUCACUUGA